AUUUCCCCAGCAAGUCGAGUUAGACGAGACACUACUCAGUCAGUCAGCGUGAGCCGUCGGUGGUCGAACUUUCUAGUGCUGGUGUUUACAAUUUAAUAAUACGCGCUUGAGGCAACAUGAAUUCAGAAGUGAACGAAUGGUACAGAGGGCGUCAUGUCCUCGUCACUGGAGCCUCAGGGCUCAUGGGAAAGGUGCUUAUUGAGAAGAUGCUGUACAGCGUGCCCGAUAUAGGCUGCGUAUAUGCUCUCGUGCGCUCCAAGCGCGGCAAGACGCCGGAGUCACGGAUAGAAGAUAUGUGGAAAUUGCCCCUGUUCUCGAGGAUACGAGAAGAGAAACCGCAUAUGAUGAAGAAACUCGUUCCCGUGUCUGGAGAUAUCAUGUACGACAAUUUAGGAGUUGACCCUAAAGUACUGGAACAGAUUUAUAAUGAGGUUUCAGUGGUGUUCCACUUCGCUGCCAGUCUCCGGCUCGAGGCGCCGCUGAAAGAAGGUCUGGAGAUGAACACCAAGGGCACCAUGAGAGUUCUGGACGUGGCAAAGAGAAUUAAGAACCUCGUAUCCUUCGUGCACCUGUCAACAGCUUUUUGUUAUCCUGAUUACAGUAGGAUGGCUGAAAAGGUUCACGAUCCACCGGCGAAUCCUCACGAAGUAUUGCGAGCUGCGAGCUGGCUGACAGACGAGCAGGUGAACCUUCUGACGCCGUCCAUGCUGCAAGCGCACGCCAACUCCUACACGUACUCCAAAAGGCUUGCGGAAACGCUUGUCAAGGAACAAUACCCUGACCUACCAGUAUGCGUCGUGCGACCGAGCAUUGUUACACCUUCAUAUAAAGAACCGAUAGAAGGCUGGGUUGACAAUUUGAAUGGUCCCGUGGGGCUGAUGGUGGGCGCGGGCAAGGGUGUCAUCCGCUCCAUGCACUGCAUCGGCCACUACCACGCUGAAGUCAUCCCUGUGGACAUCGCUAUCAAUGCCAUCAUAGUCAUACCUUACCACAUCAACUCUCUACCUGAAAGAAGUCCAGAAAUCCCCGUCUUCAACUUAACAUCGGGUGACGAUAGAGAUACCACGUGGAAGGAGGUUUUAGACGUGGGGAAAGCAACGGUCAGGAAGUAUCCUUUCGAAGGCCCCCUCUGGUACCCGGACGGCAACAUUCGUCACAACAAGUUCAUACACAGCAUCUGCGUCUUGUUCUUCCAUAUCCUACCCGCCUAUCUCAUUGACUUCUUAAUGCUUAUAUUUGGACAAAAAAGAUUUAUGGUACGAAUCCAAAAUCGCAUAUCAGUCGGUUUAGAAGUCCUCCAAUACUUUACGACUCGUGAAUGGUGGUUCGACACGAACAACUUUAAAGCAUUAUCUACACGCCUUAAUGCUGCGGACACGAAGAACUUCCCGAUGGACUUGAAAAUAAUCGAGGUAGAACCUUAUAUAGAGAGCUGUAUGUUGGGAGCGAAAAUGUUCUGCUUGAAGGAAAAACUCGAGAAUCUUCCUAAAGCAAGACUACAGAACAAUAUACUGUACGUGCUUGAUUUGUUGGUGACUGCUUUCGUCUUCUACCUGCUGCCGUUAUAUCUGUUAGCUACGUACGUUGAACCUUUCAGAAUGGUCCUCUCUUUUGGAGGUCCUUUUGUAAGGUAUCUGCCACUUGUAGGCAAAGCUGUGUUCACUGAGGGAUAGGAUUGUGAUUUCAAUCCUUAUGUACAUACUUUAUUUCCAAUGUGUAUACAUUUAAAGGGACUGGUUUUUAUAAAACUGUAUUUUACACAUAAUAAUUUUACCUGUUGCCAGGCUUUACCAAUAUUCUUAAGAAUUUAAUUCAUUAUAAUCUGUGUUAAAUAUUUCAUGUUAUUUUUACAUUAGUAAAUGAUUUAUUAAUAA